AUGCACCUCCUGAACGUGACGCUGCAGCCGCCCACGGGCGUCCACCUGUCCGUGUACGGCAACUUCUCUGCCCCGCAAGCGCAGGAGUUCGUCGUGGCCCGCGGCAACGUGCUGCAGCUGCUGCGCCCCGACGCGGCCGGACGGCUGGACGUGCUCAUCUCGACGCCUGUGUUUGGGGUCGUGCGGUCGCUGCAGUCGUUUCGCCUCACUGGCGGCGACCGCGACUUUAUCGUCGUCGCAUCGGACGCUGGCAAACUCGUGGUCAUGGAGGUGGACGCCGCGCUGCGUGCGUUCCAGGCAAAGCACAUGGAAACGUAUGGGAAAACAGGCUGUCGACGCAUCACGCCGGGUCAGUACUUGGCGGUGGACCCGAAAGGACGGGCAGUGGUCGUCGCAGCGGUCGAGAAGCAGAAGCUCGUGUACGUGAUGAACCGCGACGCGUCCAGUCGCCUCACGAUCUCGUCGCCGUUGGAAGCGCAUCGCUCGCACGCGAUUCACUUUGACGUGGUGGGGCUUGACGUGGGGUUUGAGAACCCGCUGUUUGCCUGUUUAGAGCUCGACUAUGCCGAUGCUGACGCAGAUCCAAGUGGCCACGCGGCGCAGGAGGCCGUCAAGACACUUGUGCUGUAUGAACUGGAUCUGGGGCUGAACCACGUGACGAGGCGGUGGAGUGAAGACGUCGUGCGGAGUGCUAAUAUGCUUGUGGCUGUACCGGGAGGAGGAGAUGGACCUGGAGGUGUCCUGGUGCUCGGGGAGAAUACUGUGCAGUACAAGAACGAAGGCCAUGUGGGAUUGACAUGUGCCAUUCCACGACGAGAGCGAGAAGAGCGAAAUGUCGUGAUUGUUGCUGCGGCGACGCAUAAGCAGCGAGAUCUCUUUUUCGUGCUACUGCAGUCCGAGCUUGGCGAUCUAUAUAAGAUCUCACUCGAGCAUUCUGGCACUGUCGUGGAGGAGAUCAGGAUUCAGUUUUUUGACACCAUUCCAGUGGCAACAGCUAUGUGCAUUACGAAGACAGGACUGCUCUUUUGCGCGUCCGAGUUUUCCAACCACUAUUUAUUCCAGUUUUUGAGCGUCGGAGAAGGAGACGAGACAGCCACGUGCUCGAGUUUAGCGAUGGAUUCCACGAAUUUUGCUACGUUUCCGUUGAGAAAGCUGAAGAAUCUGGCACUGGCCAGCUUCAUGCCGAGUCUCAGCCCUGUGACUCAGUUGCUCGUAGAUGACUUGGCCCAUGAGCAAACACCGCAGAUGUACGCGUUGUGCGGCAACGGCAAUCGCUCGUCGCUACGCGUGCUGCGGCAUGGUCUUCCAAUCACAGAAAUGGCUGCGAGCGCGCUGCCUGGUGUUGCCAAGGCAGUUUGGUGUCUGAAAGAGUCGUACUCGGACCCGUACGACAAGUAUAUUGUUGUGAGUUUCGAAGACGCAACGCUGGUGUUAGAGGUAGGCGAGACGGUCGAAGAGGUGUCUCAAUCUGGAUUCCUGCGUGAUCACGGAUCUUUGUUGGUGGCGCUGCUGGAAGACGACUCGAAGCUUCAGAUCCAUGCGAAUGGCAUUCGACACGUGCCACGGUUCCAGCCUGUGACGGAAUGGAAGGCGCCCGGAAAGAAGGUCAUCGAGCGCUGUGCUGCCAAUUCUCGUCAGGUGGUGAUUUCGCUUGCCGGUGGCGAAGUGAUCUACUUUGAGCUGGGCCAGUCUGGUGAGCUUGCGGAAAAGGGUAAACUGGAUCUUGGGUUUGAAGUCUGUAGUUUGGACUUGGGCGAAGUUCCCGAGGGUCGCCAGCGUUUCCAGUUUAUGGCUGUUGGUAGUUGGGACAACACGGUUCGGAUCCUAUCACUGGACCCCAACGAUCUCUUUCGGCAGAAGUCUACGUUGGCAUUGACGUCACACGCGCAUACGCUCUGCCUGGCUCAGCUGCAAAACGAAUCGUCGACAUCGGACUCGGAGAACUCGUCGCAAGCGCUUUUCUUGAGUAUCGGCUUGGACAAUGGUGUGCUUCAGCAGUCGCUGAUUGACCCGAUUACAGCAACUUUGUCGAAUUCUCGCUCGCGCUUUCUCGGCACGAACCCUGUAAAGCUGUUCCGCGUGGCAGUCGAAGGAAAGCGCUCGAUUCUUGCACUAUCGAGUCGUGCCUGGAUCUCUUACUUCCAUCAAACACGGAGGCACCUCACUCCGUUGUCGUGUGAGCUGCUUUCCCACGCAAGUUCCUUCAACUCCGAGCAGUGUCCUGGUGGUAUUGUUGCGCUAGCGAACGACGGGAUGAAAAUUCUGACAGUGGAUCAACUCGGAGACACUUUCAAUCAGCAAAAGUGUAACUUGCGUUACACACCUCGCAAAGCAGUGGUCCACCCUCCAUCACGGCGACUGAUUAUAAUCGAAAGUGACCACAACGAAUAUGGAGCUGCUUACAAGAGGCAGAACGGUCUACAGAUUCCCGAUGUUCGAAGUGCCACUGAACAGGAGGACGAAGAUGAGGACGAGACAAACGAUGCGUUGUUGUUCGCACGCGGUCCUCUUCCCGUGGAGAAGGACAAGUGGGCGUCAUGCGUGCGAAUUGUCGAUCCCGUGUCUUGUCAAACGGUAGUUUGCGAGGAGCUGGAUGUGGACGAAUGUGCCCGAAGCAUAGCUACUUGUGUAUUCCACGACCGUGGCGGAGAAGCAUUCAUUAUUGUUGGUACGGUAACGAAAAUGCAGUUGCAUCCGCAGAAGGCGCCCGCGGGGGGCUGUUUGCGUGUGUACCGUGUCGUCGAAGGUACGCAGCUGGUGCUCGUCCACACGACUGAGAUCGACGACAUCCCGCACGCUAUGUGCGAGUUCCAGGGACGGCUUCUCGUAUCGGUCGGGCGGGCCCUUCGAAUUUAUGAUCUUGGAAAGAAGAAGAUGCUGCGCAAGUGCGAGAACCGCAGUUUUCCGUCCAUUUUGGUAGAGCUGAAGGCUGCUGGCGAUCGAAUUUACGCAUCGGAUUUGCACGAGUCAUUCCAUUUCGUCAAGUAUAAGAAGGAUGAAAAUCAGCUCGUGAUUUUCGCUGAUGACUGUGUGCCGCGCUUCAUCACCAGUAGCGUCUUGCUGGAUUACGACACGUUGUGCGGAGCGGACAAAUUUGGAAACGUAUUUGUGUGUCGACUUCCAUCCGAAGUCUCCGACGAGAUUGACAAUCCCACGGGCAACCGUAUUUUGUGGGACUCCGGCCUUCUCAAUGGCGCGCCUAACAAGCUCGAACAGGUGGCUCAGUUCCACGUAGGGGACGUGGUGACUAGCAUGGUGCGCGGCAGUUUAGUUCCCGGUGGAACGGAAGCGAUCGUUUACGCAACAAUAAUGGGUCGAAUAGGCGCUCUGAUCCCGUUUACUUCGCGCGAGGACGUGGACUUUUACACUCAUCUGGAGAUGUAUAUGCGCCAGGAGCAGCCCCCGCUGUGCGGCCGAGACCACCUGUCGUACCGGUCGUACUUUAUCCCGGUGAAGAACGUCACAGAUGGUGACCUGUGCGAGCAAUUUAGCACACUGAGUGCAGGAAAACAGGCUAGUGUGGCUGGAGACCUCGACUGCACGCCGGCCGAGGUGCUAAAGAAGCUGGAAGAUAUUCGCAACCGUCUGUUGUAG